UAGAUAAAUUGAAGCGGAUGUUCCCAAAAGCAAUAUGAACAUUUGAAUCUCAAUUCAACACUGCAGAGUGAAGCGAAAAUGGAGCAUCAAUACCACCAAGCGACAGAUGGGCUUUUGAACCUUUUCACAAAGGCCAAUCACGAUCUCUCUUCUGUUCACCAUCGCCUCGAAAAGGAGUUUCUGCAGGUUUACCCUGACAAUGCUAACCCCAUGCAGCUGGUUUCUAGAAUCAAGAAGCUUCAGGAUGAUAUAGCAACCUUGAAGGGGCAGUGCCAUGAGCUUCUGGUUGCUAAGCAGGAUUUGAUUGAUCAGGCUCAGAGAAUUCUGGUGGAGAACAGGAAUUUGGUGCAGCGAAUGCAACCAUCCUUGGGCAUCUUCUCCACCGGUGAAGAUGAUGCUGCAUUCACUAACUUCAAACAGGUAAUUGAAGAAUGGACAGCUCAAGUAAGAUCCAAAACAGGGAAGGAGACACUUGAUGCUGAUUCUGGAGAUAUCAACAAACUGCUUUUCUCUGCUAUAGUUCAAAGUAACUGAUCUGCUAUCACCAGGACAGUAAUGUAGUAUCCUUCUAGCUGGUUGCUUAAAAUGUAAAGAAACAGAAUGGAAUUAUGCAAUGUUACUACUGAGUUAGGGUAGUGGAAGUAAAUCAUUAGUUGAAUUGCAUUAUUCAAGAUAUAUCUUAUAUGCAAACAUUAAAGUAAAAAGAAUAUACAAGUUAAACAUUUCACA